UUCAAUAUAAGGUGGUAUAAACUAGGUAUAUUCCAUCCGCAUGUGUUGGCAUGACGAUAAUUUGGAUAUUCCUGUCGAUAACGUUAGUUAUCAACGAGGAGUGGUCGCUACUUUCGCUUUCAUUCAAAUGUCGCCAACCAACAUCUAACCAGCUGAUAGCUAUGACUUGAUGUUUAAAUAGAACAUAAGCGUUUCCUGGAUUUUCCUGAUUUUCAAGAAUUCUAUUUGUACGUCUGAUUCCAGUGGAUAUGAAUCUGUUGACAAAGCUAUAUUGUGUUAUAUAUAUCUGUUACGUCAGAUAACUUAAGUGACGAUCGAUUUCAUGUGCAUUGUGAAUGUAUAUAUACUCUCAUGCGUGUGAAACUGUGCUCAUUUAUACAUUUCGAACGUGAGAGUUCGGUUAUUCGUUGGAUAUCUAUGCGUGGUAAGCAUCAACUACUAGCUGCAUGAAAACCUAGACUAAACACACAUCUCAAUGGAUCCGCUUGUGUUCCUUGAGCAGCUGCAUUCCUUUUUUUCCACUCCGGAAGGGAGCAUCAUGGGGCAGACUAUCCAGAAGAUGAUGUCUGAAACCAAGGACAUGGAGGACUUGCUGCGGGAGGGCAUAGAGAAGGUCAUGAAUUCAGAGUUCAUGCCCAUAGAUUAUGAGACAUUGGUGACGUCCAUGAAGGUUUGUCUCAGUCCAGCAGGAAUUCCAGAAAAGACUCAGGCUAUGAUACUCAUCUGCCAAUUCACAGAGUAUGCCUUGACACAGGGGUGUGACAUUUUUCAAGCUUUUCAAUAUUUCUACAGAACCAUGAUUCUUCUUGACAUCACUGCCAGGCUGGAUGGAAAGGAACCUGGUCAGGAACUGAUCAUAAAUAUGGCCUGUUCCAGUACUGGAAGCUUUCUGUGGAGGACCCUGUUCCUUGACAGUGAUAUAUGGAGGAUGAAUGAAACGAACACACUACAGAUGUUGAGAGACUUGAGAGAGUUGGUGUUUGAGUAUAUGAAGGAGAAUCCAGCAUUCUCGUACUUCUUGUGCCUGGACUUGAUCCGAGCAUACAUGAUCGCUGGCAGAGGGUUCCCCCAAAAGCAAAAGACAAGGACAAGAGGUGAUCUCAUACUCCUUCUGGCCAAGUGCAGCUACCAAGCAGGGCAGUACAGACUCUGCACCAGAUACAGUAAAGAGGCCUGUGAGCUGUUUGACUGCAGCAGCUACGUUCCCUAUGAACUCUGGGCAAGAGCUCUUCACAAGAGUGGACAAUACCGUGCAGCACUGGACAAGGUUGAAUGUGCUAAGGAAUGCAUUCAGGACAAGAAAAUAAAGCAGCAUCUUCAGAAGUAUAUGGACCAACUGCAUCAGGAGAUGUCUGCCUCUAUGCAGCAGCCGACAGCAGAGCCAGAUGCUGAUUGGUUGACAGGGACCAACAUAAGCACCACCCAGUUGCAGCAAGCACGAGCUCAGCAGGUGAAGAACGCUCAUGUGAAGAAAAAACGGCAUUCAAGACCAACAAGACGAGAACCUGUGGAACCAGUGCAGGUUAGUCACAAUGACUGGCUGAAAGGUGGAGCAAUGCAGAACGGGAACAGUGUAUCUAGACACAACACAAGGAAUGGCCUACCACUUCCUAUUGCUGGACAAACGGGCAUGGACCCCUCACUGCUCAAUGUUGAGAGUAACCCUCUCCUUCAGUACACAGCCUGGGACACAUCAAGCGGGGAUGAUGGAUCAGAUCUUGAGGAUGCUUUUGAGCUGCGCGGAUUAUCCUCAUCUCAACAUGAAGAGAAGGAGCCAGAGGUGACUAAAGUCGUGGCUGAAAAGUUGGACAAAACAUGGUAUGAAGAAAGUAAAGAGAUGUAUGACAAUUAUGAUAUGGACACAAAGAUUACUUGUGGAAUGGAGAUGGAAAUAGAGACUGAGAGCAUUGAGGCAAAUCAGUUUAAACAGACAAGGGCCUUUCUAUAGACAG